AUGGGCCGCACCUCCCGAGACAAGCGCGACAUCUACUACCGCCUCGCGAAGACGUCGAACUACCGCGCGCGCGCGGCCUUCAAGCUGCUGCAGCUCGACGCGACGCUCGGCAUCCUCUCCACCGCGACGACGCACGACAGACUCCGCGUCGCGGACCUGUGCGCGGCGCCGGGCGGCUGGUCGCAGGUCGUCGCGGAGCGCCGGCCCGGCGCGAGAGUCGUCGCCGUCGACCUCAAGCCCAUGGCGCCCAUCGCCGGCGUCGAGAUGGUGCUCGGCGACAUCACGGCCGCGGCGACGGCGCGCGAGGUCGUCGACGCGCUCGGCGGCGGCGCGGACGCGCGGCGCGGCGUCGUGCUCUGCGACGGCGCGCCGGACGUCAUCGGCCUCAACGACGUCGACGAGCACCUGCAGAACGAGCUCGCGCGCGCCGCCUCCGGACGUCGGGAACCGCCCUUCUUAGGCGGCUGCUUCGUGUCCAAGGUCUACCGGGGCCGCGACGCGACGGCGCUCCUCGAGUCGCUCCGCAAACACUUCCGGAGCGUCUUCGUCGCGAAACCGCGGUGCAGCCGUUCCGCGUCGCCGGAGGCGUUCGUCGUCUGCCGGGGCUUCGGCGAGGCCCCCGGCGACGCGGAGAAACCCGUGCCCUUCGUCGCCUGCGGCGGCGACGACGCCUUCGACGCCGACGCGUCGUUCCCGCUGGACCUGCCGACGGCCGCGGCGUACGAAUUCCGCGGCCCCGUCCAGAUGCCCAUCCGCCCGCCCCACGAGGACGCGGGCGCCGGGCCGCCGCCGCCGCCGGCAUUCGCCGCGGCGACGGCCGCCGCGUCGACGACGGCGCCGGAGGGCUUCCGCUACGACGGCGACGUGCGGCCCGCGCGCGGCGACGCGCCGCCGCCGGCGACGGACGCCGCGUCGCUCCGCGCGUGGGUCUCGUAA